AUGGCCGAGAAGGAGCCAGAUGGCCCUAGACCUGGCAAGACAUCAAGGAAGGGUCCCCAUCUGAUCCAAGCAGAGAGUGGUGCUGGAUUUUGGGAAAGAGCUGUGCCAGAGAUCUUGGUUGAGGGCACUGUGGCCUCAGAUGUACGCAGGCGAUGCUUCCGGCAGUUCUGUUACCAUGAGGCUGAUGGGCCCCGAAAGGUGUGGGGAGGAUCUGAGAAGGAGGAAGCAAAGUUCUCUGAGGCAGAAAGAACUCUGUCAGAAGAAGGCCAGAGGGUGCAGGCCCAGGAGCAUGGCCAAGAUGCCCUGUCAAGUGGCAGUGAAGAGACGUUAUUGAGCCAUUUUAGUUGCAGAGAAGUGGAAAUGGCUGCUCAGCCUCUCGUCCAGGUGGCUGUGUAUUUCACUGAGACGGAAUGGGCUCUGCUGGAUCUGGGCCAAAAAGCUCUCUACAGGGAAGUGAUGCUGGAGAACUAUGGGAAUGUGGCCUUUUUGGGGGACGCUGACACAAAUGAGGCGGAUGAGAAACUGCAUCAUUUAUUGCCAGAUGAAGUCAAGAAUGAAGAUGUGAAAAGAAAUGUUAUGAUUCAAGGCAGGCCUCAGAGGGAGAAUGUCAGUUGCACGGUGAAGAAGUGGGAUAACUCCAUUCUUUGUAAGAGAUUCUGCCACAGUAGCAGUCUUCAACAGCAUCAAAGAACCCACACAGGGGAGAAGCCUUUUGAAUGCUCAGAGUGUAGGAAGCGAUUCAGUCACAGUAGCAGUCUUCAAAAACAUCUAAGAACUCACACAGGGGAGAAGCCUUUUGAAUGCUCAGAGUGUAAGAAAAGAUUCAGUCAGAGUAGCACUCUUCAGCAGCAUCAAAAAACUCACACAGGGGAGAAGCCUUUUGAAUGUUCAGAGUGUAAGAAAAGAUUCAGUCAGAGUAGCACUCUUCAACAGCAUCAAAGAACCCAUACAGGAGAGAGGCCUUUUGACUGCUCAGAGUGUGGGAAGAGAUUCAGUCGGAGUAGUGGUCUUCAAGAGCAUCAAAGAACCCACACAGGAGAGAGGCCUUUUGAAUGCUCAGAGUGUGGGAAGAGAUUCAGUCGGAGUGGCAUUCUUCAAAGUCAUGUAAGAACACACACAGGGGAGAAACCUUUUGAAUGCUCAGAGUGCGGAAAGAAAUUCAGUCAGAGUUUCCAUCUUAAAGAGCAUCAAACAACCCACACAGGGGAAAAGCCUUUUGAAUGCUUGGAGUGUGGAAAGAGAUUGAGUCGCAGUGGUGAUCUUCUAAUUCAUUUAAGAACCCACACAGGGGAGAAGCCUUUUGAAUGUUCAGAGUGUGGGAGGAGAUUCAGUCAAAGUAGCAAUCUUCAAAAACAUCUAGGAACUCACACAGGGGAGAAGCCUUUUGAAUGCUCAGAGUGUAGGAAGAGAUUCAGUAACAGUAGCAGUCUUCAAAAACAUCUAAGAACCCACACAGGGGAGAAGCCUUUUGAAUGCUCAGAGUGUAAGAAAAGAUUCAGUCACAGUAACAGUCUUCAAGAACAUCUAAGAACCCACACAGGGGAGAAACCUUUUGAAUGCUCAGAGUGUGGAAAGAAAUUCAGUCAGAGUUUCCAUCUUAAACAGCAUCAAAGAACCCACACAGGGGAGAAGCCUUUUUGAAUGCUUGGAGUGUGGAAGAGAUUCAAAAACAGUGGCACUCUUCAAAGGCCUUUAAGGGUAAUCAAAAACCGAAGAAAGCCCGGAGAGCUCCCUCGUUAAAUGGAGCUUUUUACCUCAGUUGAAGUAGCUAGCGCCUCCUUGGCUCCUUCAGGCCACAGAGAUACAAACACUGCUGACUCUCUCCUAACAACAUUUCUACUAGAAGCGUUAAGGAAUCAGUGUCUAGAAUUAAGACAAGAUAUGAUGGAUACAAUAACCGCCUUACAAUGUAUGGACACAUUGGAGACUCAACAUAAGCAAACAGCUCAAAAAGCAGAGGAUGCCAUAAAGAAAGUUGCCUCCCUGGAAAAAAUGCUUGGAACUACCUCUUAAGAUGGCUGGUCUAGAGAAAGAAGAGAUAAAAACUUGAAAUCCUGUGGUUUUUCACCAAAUGCGGAAGCAACAACUGAUCUUUCUAUUUUUAUGGUGUCUUAGUUGGCCACUAUGCUAAAACUAGAGGAGGGAGUGACACCUCUUAUUCUUAAAGCUUACUGCAUUGGUAAAGCAACAAACGCUUCCAAAGUCACUCUUUCUACCAUGGGUAUAAUGGUGGAGUUUGCUGAUUAUUGGACUAGGAGGAAAAUGUUGAUGGAAGUACGUCAGCAGAAUGGCUUGGAUUGUUAAAGAAGGAGAAUAUUUGUAUUCUCAGAUCUCCUUUUAGAAAUAUUCAAGAUUCAAAGAGACUUAAAUCCCACCAUUUCCAAGUUGUAGGCUGUUGGUGUAAAAUACUGCUGGUUGCGGUCUGGCAUAAUGUUUAUGGGUAAUCAGCAAGUUCAAUAUACUGCAUAUGACUGUGCUUCUGGAUCAGCUUUGCUAUUUGCGCUGGGCUUGCCCUCUUUAGAAAAAGCGGAAACUAGAGCUGCACAAAGCAAGACUCAGUCACCACUGACUCCAGUCAAAAGAUGUAAACUUCAUGUUUCUGAAGAAGAGGAGUGUGGGAAGAGAUUCAGCCCCACAUGUUCCCCAGAGAGCACUGCGAUCAAGUUCUCAAUCUUUUGGCUGUCCCUGGGCUAAAGGAGGCUAGGCUCAACUCCACCAGCCUUCUCGGUUGCGGCCCCAAUACUUUGGAACAUCCUUCCAGAAGCCAUCUUGCGGGAUAUAUCGCAGUUCCGCAGGGCCUGCAAGACUGAACUGUUUCGGAUGGCAUAUAACAUCUAAUGGGAGAGGGCUGCCACCACAUGUGGAUCCAUAGCGCUUAUAUUACUAACUGCCCAGGAUCUGUGCACAUGAGAAAGAAAAUAUUAUACGAUCUGCCUGAAGUAGCACCAUUGUUAUUUAUCUGAUUGUUUUAUUGUUUUAAUAUUGUUUUGUCUACUAUUUUAUGCUGUUAGCCGCCCAGAGUCUGUAUGGAAUGGGCGGGAUAUAAAUAUAACGUAAAUAAAUAAAUAAAAACAGUGGCAAUCUUCAAAUCCAUCUAAG